AUGUAUGUUCAACAAGCCCCACCACAGAGAGGUAAUAAUGAUUGUUUGGCAGCUUGUUUGGCAACAAUGUGUCUAUGUUGUACUUUAGAUAUGCUGUUUUGA